AUGGAGCCAUGGCUAUAUGUUUUGCUCUCCAGUCCCCUUUGCCUCACAGCAACCUUUUUCAACAUCGUCUUCUCUUUUUGCCUAAUGAGACCAGUCGCUGGAGUGAUGCUUCGCAAUCCACUGCGCUUCUUGUUAAUUGUUGUGUUAUUCAAUUCAACAUUUCAACAACUGGUGAAUGUGCUGACCAUUGUUAUGCUGCUUUUUGAUGCACCUUUCUGGCUUCAAACGCUAACCAGAGCUUUGAUUUAUCAGUUUUUCUGCGCCAACUUCUCAUGCAAUGCCUGGAUCAGCAUUUUCUACUACAUUUCUAUUGUUCCUCAACAACAUCCCAUCUUUAUCUGGAUUAAGAGGAAUAUGAAUGCCAUAUUAUAUAUCGGCUUCAUUCUGAAUCAAACAGUGCUUCUAAUAUCUUUGUCUAUGGGAGCAGUUAUGUAUUUUUUGCUCUGGCCUGUCCCAAACAAUUUCACUUCACCUGAACUAAACAAAACAUCACCAGCAGAAAGCUUAGAGUCAGACCUGUAUUUAUUUCAUGUGGCUAAUUUUACAUAUUUGCUAUAUUGCACGUGUCCGCUGUUCACAUUAUUAUUCUCUUGGGGCAAAACCUUUGUUUAUCUGCUCAACAUCGUCUUCUCUUUUUGCCUAAUGAGACCAGUCGCUGGAGUGACGCUUCGCAAUCCACUGCGCUUCUUGUUAAUUGUUGUGUUAUUCAAUUCAACAUUUCAACAACUGGUGAAUGUGCUGACCAUUGUUAUGUUGCUUUUUGAUGCACCUUUCUGGCUUCAAACGCUAACCAGAGCUUUGAUUUAUCAGUUUUUCUGCGCCAACUUCUCAUGCAAUGCCUGGAUCAGCAUUUUCUACUACAUUUCUAUUGUUCCUCAACAACAUCCCAUCUUUAUCUGGAUUAAGAGGAAUAUGAAUGCCAUAUUAUAUAUCGGCUUCAUUCUGAAUCAAACAGUGCUUCUAAUCUCUUUGUCUAUGGGAGCAGUUAUGUAUUUUUUGCUCUGGCCUGUCCCAAACAAUUUCACUUCACCUGAACUAAACAAAACAUCACCAGCAGAAAGCUUAGAGUCAGACCUGUAUUUAUUUCAUGUGGCUAAUUUUACAUAUUUGCUAUAUUGCACGUGUCCGCUGUUCACAUUAUUAUUCUCUUGGGGCAAAACCUUUGUUUAUCUGCGUGAACAUAUGAAAAAGAUGGGACAGAGCGGUGAAUCUUUUUCCCAACCCCAACAGAAGAGCCAGAUGCGGGUCACAGUAACAGGCAUGGUACAGGCAGCCCUGUUUCUGCCCAGCAGCCUAUGGACUAUAGCAGUUGCUUUCCUCUACAUAACGGACCUCUUCGAAAUGGUUGAUCCCAAUAGAUUUGUCACAAUGACAUUCUGCUCGAUGUCCAGUUUGGGAAAUUUACUGUGUUUUGGAUUCUCCCAGUCUGUGUUUCGCCAUGGAAUUGUAAGUGUCAUUAACAAACUAAAGAGACACAAAUGA